AUGGCAUACGAAUUACUACAAAAUUGAGAAAAUAUUUAUGAAAUUUCUGAAUUUAAUAAUGAAAAAUUAAAUUUAUUAAGAAAAUUAAAAUGCAUCAUCUAUGAACUUAUUCAAAAUAAAAAAUUUCCUAACUUGCAUGAAAAAUGAGCAGAAUUAAAAGUUGAAUUCUCUUGUUCGAAUCAAUAUGGAGUUUAUCAUUUGUUUUACUGUGUAUUUUCAAUUAUAUUUCAAAAUAGACAUAACUAUGAUUUAGCAUAUUGCUGCUUGAAAAAACUUAUAUCUAUUUCUUUAAAAACAAAUAAAAUACAUAAAGCAAAUGAGAUUUAUUUAAAACUAGGAGCAUUAGAUUUGAUAAAUAGAGAUUUGAAAAAAACGAUAUCAAUCUCUAAAAUAUCAAUUAAGCUUUGCAAGGAUAGAGAGGAUUUACAUUUAUUAAUACAAUCUUAUAUUUACUGGUAG